AUGUUCCCGACUCUGAGCCGAAUGGUCUUGCAGUACGCUUCGUUUAUGGCCAACAAUAACAGCCGCGCCGCUUACUACCUGUUCCUCGCGUGCUUCGAGGGCAACCUGCCGUACUGGUUCCACCAAGUGUUGGGCUGGUAUUUUGCCGUCGUCGCGGCGGGGGUCGGCGGACAUUUUGGUUCAGCUCACCCAGCCCAGAGCGGCCCGCAACGUGAACACAGCGUCCGCGCCGCUGGCCGCGGCGUGAAGGGCGGGGUGCUGUGGGCGGGCUGCUCGGAUCCGCGAGCCCGCCGCCGCCGUCCUCUUCUGGAGGCGGCCUGUUCACCUCCGCCCGCGGCGCCUUGGGCGCCGCCACCCUCUUCGGCGCCGCCUCGGCCCCGCCGGACGCCGCCCCGAGCGCCGCGGGCGCGCCUGGCACCUUCGCACGAGUGA